CGCGUUAUUUUACGCCACAACAUGUCGAUUUAGUGUGCAUAUCAUAGGCUAAUAGUCGUCUGCAGACCGAAACGGACGAAAACACGUUGUCUCAAAGCGCAUCGCGGUGGAGGUGGCGUCGAAAGUGAUUUAUAUCUGUAAUCGAAACGAAAAAUAAUUACAUGAAAAAUAUUUUUUAAUCGAUUUUGAUUUGAUAAAAACGGUGUUUUUUUGUGAAUUGAAGCUGAAAAAGUGUAACUUUUAUUGUAUGAAGAAAAAAUAAAAUUUAUCUCAUGUGGUACCCUGGCGAGGCUAUAAAGCAGUGGGUGAUUGUUUAAUUUGAUGUUUAUAUGGUGUUUAGUUUAUUUUUGUUUAAUUCUGAAAAAGGAAAAUUUUGUGCUGAAAUCUACAUUACCAAGUGUUUAAAAUAUUUCAUUUAAAAAUAUAUUAAUAAGAGUGGAAUUUCCGCUUUCACACUCUAAAUAAAUUCUGAACAGGUUUUGCCAGCAAUAAAAUUUGGAUGUUGCAGGUUUUCCCAGCACACAACCACUGAAUAUAUCCGAUAGUGAUAAAUAUUGAUUUAGUUUUAAAACAAAACCACGAAACAACUAUUUGUUGUGCAACAAAAAACAAAAAAAUGAAGCCUUAAACAACAUAGAGAGCAGCAAAAACCAGAAGCAAUAAAUAAUUUAGGAAAUAAAGUGCAUUAGCAAAACCCAAAAUAAAGUGUAUCCUCUCCACUUCAAAAAAAAGAAAUAGCGAAUAAAAAAUUCAACAAAAUAAAUUUGGUCUAUAGAAUCUACAUAGCGUAAACCAACCGAUUAAAGCAACAACUUCUACAAUAGCGGUGACUGAGGCUAUUAGAGUACCACAUACCAUAUAAACUUUACAAAAAGCACACUGAGAGCAGCACACUAAAAUGGGCAAGAAAAAUUCCAAAUUGAAGCAGGACACCAUCGAUCGCUUGACAACGGACACAUAUUUCACCGAAAAAGAGAUAAGACAAUGGCACAAAGGUUUUCUAAAAGACUGUCCGAAUGGUUUACUCACCGAACAAGGUUUUAUUAAAAUCUACAAACAGUUCUUUCCCCAAGGAGAUCCCAGCAAAUUUGCUUCACUAGUCUUUCGGGUAUUUGAUGAGAAUAAUGAUGGAGCGAUAGAAUUCGAAGAGUUCAUUAGAGCUUUGUCGAUUACAUCUCGAGGAAAUCUAGAUGAGAAACUGCAAUGGGCCUUUCGGCUGUAUGAUGUCGAUAAUGAUGGCUACAUAACACGGGAAGAGAUGUAUAAUAUUGUGGAUGCUAUUUAUCAAAUGGUGGGUCAGACACCACAAACGGAUGACGAAAAUACACCACAGAAGCGAGUGGAUAAAAUCUUCGAUCAAAUGGAUAAAAAUCACGAUGAUCGUUUGACAUUAGAAGAGUUCCGUGAGGGUAGUAAAGCUGAUCCACGAAUAGUUCAGGCGUUAAGUUUAGGUGGUGAUUAACCAAAAGAUUCAUAGUUUAAUUCCGACAAAGAUUAAACUGGAUUAACAAAAACAAAAAAAAAACAACAAAAUAUGCAUAAAUAUACAUACAAAUAUAUAAAACCGAAAAAAAAAUAAUGAAAUAAAUAAAAGCCAAAAAACCACACAAACACCCAAACUCUCACCCGUACAGUAUACAUAGAUAGACGUAAACAUCAUUACACCGGAAACUCACACCAGCAUACAUACAAUAUCUAAAAUCUAAUCAAAAUUGGAUAAAACUAAACGAAUAAAAUUUUUUUGUGAAAAAAUUAAA